AUGGCCGCACGAUAUGAUGUCUCGUUGGACGUGAACGUGAUGGGGGUGAAGCACCUCUGCCACUUCGCUCAGCACUUAUGUCUGCGGCGACAGGGACGGGCUCCACCUGGAGAAGCCCAUAAAGCCCGGCGAGUCGCUGCUCGAGGGCAAGUACCCCUCGAUGUCGACGCCGAGCUGCGGCUUGUCAGAGAAGCCAAGAAGGAGCUCAUGGACGCCAGUGACGACGAGCACAAGAAGACGGAGAGGAAGGCCAUGAAGGAGCUGGGCAUCCAGAGGGCUCGCCACUUUGGGUGGUCCAACACGUACAUCUUCACCAAGGCCAUGGGGGAGAUGGUCUUGGGGCAGCUCCAGGGUGACAUGCCCGUGGUGAUCAUGUGCCCCAGCAUCAUCACCAGCGUCCGGGAGGACCCGUUGCCGGGGUGGAUGCAGGGCACGCGCACCAUCGACAAGCUCAUCAUCGGCUACGCCAAGCAGAACCUCUCCUGCUUCCUCGGCGACCUCAGCGUGGUCGUGGAUGUCAUCCCGGGGGACAUGGUGGCCAACGCCAUGAUGGCGGCCAUGGUGGCGCACUCGGAGGAGAAGGCCCCGGAGGCGGUGCCGGUGUACCACGUCACCUCGUCGCUGCGCAACCCAGUCGCCUACUCCGUUUUGUACGAGUCCGGCCGCCGGCACUUCUACGAGAACCCGCGCGUGGGGAAGGACGGCAAGGUCAUCCCCACCAGGGAGAUGCGCUUCUUCCCCACAAUCACGCAGUUCCACCUCUACAUGAUGCUCACAUUCAAGCUGCCACUAGAGCGGCACCAUGGGCCGCAUCGUCCUACCGCCCGCCUCCUGAGCUGGGCGCUGGGCGUCGAUCUCGGCGACAGCUAUGCGUGGAUCUCGGUGGGGCGCUGGAUAGGAAAGAAGGAAGGGGGCGGAGCCUACUUAGGAUACGCCGCCGCCGGAUUCGCCUCGAUGUCGGUCCGCUCCGCGUCUGCGGUCGCCGUUCUGCACUUGGUGAAUCUGCUCCUCUGUGGGCUCUUCGCACGGCUCUACAACGACCUCAACUGCAAGUACAAGUUUAUCAUGCAUCUUGUUGACGUCAAUGGACGCUUUGCCUUAUUCAACGGAUGCUUUGAUGACAUGAACAUGGAGCGGUUGAGGUUGACGACGGUGAUGAAGACCCCUGGAGAUCAAAUGUUCAAUUUUGAACCCAAGACCAUCGACUGGGAUGAUUACUUCACCAGAAUCCACAUCCCUGGUGUUCUCAAGUAUUUGUGCAAGUGA